UGUGCUCGUGAUAGUGUUAAUAAUAGAAACUAUUAACUAUUAGUGCUGUGAUUUCAGUUCAUGAUGUUUUCGAGAGUGCUCUUAGUAGCGCUAUGCAUAGUGUACGCCACAUCUUUGACACCACUUACUGCGCCCGCCGAUGAUGACUGCGCGCUUUAUCUCACUGGUCCUGGCCGUUCUUCCGCUUAUGAUUACAGUUUGAAUCUUCUAAAAGGAAACUUGUAAGUAUUCAAUCAUUUUAAUAAUGGUCAACACACUUGCAUAACAUAUGAAGCUAUCAAUCAAGCGUACCUUGAUGCUAGAUCCAGAAUUUUGGUGGCGCAGCCGAAGGGUGAUUGGAAAGCUGAAGACUUCGCUAGUGUUGGAGAACUGCUUCUCGAUGUUUCAAUUAGCUUAGCGCGAACGUAUGGUUUGACAUAUGAAGAAGUUGAAAAGGGAUUACCUUUGAUCGAUACCUCUCGGACACUCAUCCGUGAAGUAUGUCCUCCCGUAUUCUCACACGUCGAAUGCCGCGCCGGUAAAUAUCGGAGAUUAGACGGACUAUGUAAUAACUUAAGGCAUCCCACAUGGGGAGCUACAAUGGCUCCAUUCCAAAGGUUAAUUGGCCCACUUUUCGCUGACGGUAUCAAUGCGCCUCGUAUAUCGCACACUGGAAGGGACCUACCAUUGUCCCGCGUGGUGUCCCGCACUAUGCACCCAGAUGAUGGAUUCCAUGAUCACGCCGGUACCGUUAUGGUGAUAGCUUGGGGACAAUUUAUGGACCACGAUUACACUCUUACGGGGACUCCACUGGAUCCAGUCCACCGUAAUGACCCUGAAGAGUGCUGCAAGCGUCCACCUCACCUCAAGCAUCCGUACUGUAAUGAGAUCCGCGUUCCUGAUGAUGAUUACUUCUACCGACUAUUCGGUGUCAAGUGUAUUGAUUUUGUUAGAGGCUUUCCCUCGCCGAGACCUGGCUGCCGUCUGGGUUCAAGAAUUCCUUUUAACACUUUAACUGGAGCCAUCGAUGGAAAUACCGUGUAUGGUGUCACUGAAAAAUUCGCAAGGAAACUACGUACUGGUUAUGGAGGACUUCUUCGAAUGAACCCUGUAUUCAAAGAAUAUGGGUUGAAAGAUCUUCUGCCUCUCAAACUUGAUAUUCCUGAUGAAGGUUGCACUAGGCCAAACAAAAACAUGUACUGUUUUGAAGCAGGUGAAAUUCGUGUAAACGAACAGCUGGUACUCACAGUGAUGCAUACUUUAAUGGCUAGAGAACAUAACAGAGUAGCAGAAGCUCUUGCAGCUGUUAACCCUCACUGGGACGACGAAACUUUAUUCCAGGAAGCAAGAAGGAUCAACAUCGCUGAAAUACAGCACAUAACGUAUAAUGAAUUUUUACCCAUUUUACUUGGAAAAGACGUAAUGGAAAAAUUCGGUUUAGUGCUUGAAAAAGAGGGUUACUGGGAUGGAUAUGAUCCUGAAGUAAAUCCUGAUGUCAUAGCAUCUUUUGCGGCAGCUGCUUACCGUUUUGGGCACUCUCUUUUACCUACUGCUGUCGAAAGAUGGUCUAAAGCUCAUAAAUUUAUUGCGUCAAAGAGAUUGUCAGAUCUAAUCCGCAGACCAUACGACUUAUACAGAGCUGGUGUCCUUGAUGAAUAUGUCAUGGGAUUAAUGAAUCAAGUUGCACAAGCUAUGGACGACUCAAUUACACAGGAGGUGACCAACCAUCUCUUUAAAAAAGUUGGAGCUCGAUUCGGAAUGGAUUUAGUAUCGUUUAAUAUGCAAAGGGGGCGUGAAUUUGGACUCCCUGGCUACAUGGAAUUCAGGAAAUUUUGUGGUUUAUCCGGGGCAGACUCUUUCCAGGACUUAUUCGGUUCUAUGUCUAAUGAAACCAUUCAUAAAUACGAGUCGAUCUUCGAACAUCCCAUCGAUGUCGAUCUAUGGUCAGGCGGUGUUUCAGAAAGACCUCUACCAGGAUCAAUGUUAGGACCAACUUUCGCCUGCAUCAUCGCUACUCAAUUUUCAUAUUCAAGACGAGGUGACAGAUUCUGGUUCGAAUUACCUAAUCAACCUUCUUCCUUCACACACGAACAGAUGGCAGAAAUUAGAAAAUCGCGACUUGCACGUGUUAUAUGUGAUAACACUGAUAUUAUUGAUACAGUACAACUUUAUCCUAUGGUAUUGCCAGAUCAUGAAUUAAAUCCACGAGUGCCCUGUAGAAGUGGUAUAAUGCCUUCAAUGGACUUCAGUAAAUGGGCUGAGCCCGCGCCUUUCAUAGGAGGUGCCAAGGAAUACGUAAGUAGUUUUUCAUACAAUCCGUUUCACGGUAAGAAGUAGUUGCACAUGCACCGAAUAGUUUGCGGCAAAUUUCGACCCAGAUUACAAAAUUUAUA